AUGAGAGUUUAUAUUAAACCUGGCGGUCAACGAGGUUAUUCGGGGCAUUGUAUUAACCUGCCACAAAAUGUCAAAAAACUCGCAUUAUCUUUGCCAAGAUAUCCUAAAGACUUGGCUGUGAUUAUUGUCAAGGCUAAAGGAAGAGAAAACACAUUCAGAGAUGUGACAGUGCGAAAGCAAAAAGUGCAUGAUGCUUUAGUUUGGCUUAUCAAUAAUAAUCCUCAUUAUUCUGAGUUAUUAAUUAAUCAAGAUGCAUUAAAUUCAUUACCUGAAAAUGGUGUACCACCAGGUCUUAUGACUGUUGAGACUGAUGAUGAUAUAGUCUCAGAUGACAAUGGUUCUCCUGAUGUAGGUCCCCCGACUGAUAAUCCAUCAGAGGAUAUUGUUUAUAAUGAAUCUACUGAAAUGAGCAGCUUUUUACCUGUUGGCGAACAACAACAACAGGAAAUUGAAGCUGUUAGAAAUCAGCUGUCUGAAAAUGAGCCAAUACCAAGGCCCUCAGUUGAAAAUGAACCAUUAAAUGAAUAUCAAAUUUCACAUCUGGCCACAAUGGCUUUCCCAACAUUAUUUCCAGAUGGGAAAGGUGAUCCUACUAAUCAAGGACUUCUGAGAGAUGUCCCUCUUCAGGAACGAAUAAAGCAUCUUCUAAAAUUUGCUGAAAUUAUUGAUGGUAAAUGGGUAUACCGUUUUGCUAAUCACCCCAGAUUUUCAUAUUGGGCAUUUAAUAUGAUUCAAAGAAAACGAAUUUUACAACAAAGUGGAAUAUUCCUCAAACAGAACCCAGGUGAAGCUCAUCUCACAAUUGAUGAACUGCGUGAAUGGCUGCCAGUAACAACGCUAAUAUAUUUAUGUCUAAAGUGUCAAGAUAUGUUGGCAAUAUUGCAGGUACUAAUGCUUACUGGAAUAGAGUAAGAAAGGAACUCAAAGCUAUCAUAACUAGUGUUGGAGCACCAACAUUAUUUUUCACUUUCUCCUCUGCAGAUAUGCAUUGGCCUGAGUUACAUGCUUUAUUUAAUGCUGAUACCGACAAUGAGUUAGGCAACUCUACCAGUGAGGUAAGACGACAAAAUGUGAUCAACAAUCCCCAUCUUGUAGAUUGGUUUUUCACACAAAGAUUAGAAAGCUUUGUAAACCACUGGCUUUAUGAUACACUCGGUGCAAAAUGGCACUGGUUUCGAUAUGAAUAUCAAGGUAGAGGUAGUAUCCAUUGUCUUGGCACUGCUAAACUAAAUAAUGACCCAGGUUUGUGUCAACUUACUCAGACUGCCUUGAAAGGUUUCUUAGCUCAAAAAUUUAAAGAUGAAAAUGAUUGUUCUGACACAACUGAACUAGACCAGGAUAUUGAAGCUGGUCAGAAAGCAGCUGACACAGUGUGUCAGUAUGUUGAUUGGUUAUUGUCAACUGUCAAUCCUAAUCCACCAGAUGAGGAUAUGUGGAUAAGACCUGAGGUUCAUCCAUGUCAAAGAAGCUAUGACAUUCCUGAGCAUGAAAAACAAACAGAUUAUGUAGAUCUAUUAAACAUGGUUCAACGACACACUCGUUGUAGUACAAAUUAUUGUCUUAGAAAGAAGUCAAAUGAAACAGAGUUGAAAUGUAGAUUUCACUUCCCUUUUGAUAUUUGUCCUAAGACAAAAUUAGAAUUUGAAAAAAUUCACACUUCAGGUGAUAAUGAGCAUUAUCGGGCUAAAAUUGUGACUAAACGAAACGACUCAAGGUUAAAUAACCAACAACAACUUCAGCUCCAAGGAUGGAGAGCUAACUGUGAUAUUCAAGUUGUUAUUGAUCACUAUGCUUGUGUUGAAUAUCUCACAAAAUAUGCAGCUAAAGGUGAGCCAAGAUCACCUAUAUUGAAACAGGCAUUCAAUUCUAUUGUGCAAAAUGUUGACAGUAAUACUGACCCUCGCAGAGUUAUUAAGAAGGUAGUUAUGAAAUCUCUUGGUGAAAGAGAUUAUGCAGCUCAAGAGACAAUGCAUCAUUUGUUGUCUUUAAAACUCCAUAGCUCAUCCUUUAAAGUGAUGCCAGUUAGUCUAAAUGGUUCACGUAGAGUGCGUGAUACUGCAAGUAUUGAAGAGGGUGAAUCAUGCACCGAUUAUUCACUUCAUGAUGUGUAUGCUAAUCGUGAACAGUAUGACAGUUCGCAAGAUAUAAUAAAUAUGAACUUUGUUCAAUUUGCUACAACAUACAAAGUUGUUAACAAUGAACUAACAAAAUUGCCAGAGAAUGUUAUACCACGAAUAUUUCCAACAUAUUCUCCUAAUCCCAAAGGUCCAAAUUUUGGCCUAUAUUGUAAAUAUCAACUUUUGAGGUAUAAACCGUGGAGAACAACCCAAAAUAAUGCAUGGGCCAGGGUGACCAAGAUCCAACUGGUGAGGUUCUGAUCAAUUGUUGGCAUGAAUUUUUACAAACGCCUUAUGGCCAGUCUAAUGUCCCAGACUGGUUUGAUAAAUUACAAGCUGUCAUUCAAAGUCAAGAAGCAGAAGAACCUUCUGAAGAACAGGAGACAACUCGAGAAGAGUGGAUGAUAUUAUCAGACCUCAACACUCCUUUUGACAACUCUGAACAAACACCAGAGUCCACAUAUGACUGGCAUCUUGACAGAGCCAAUUAUUCAGAACAACAAAUCCACGAAAUGCCAACAUGGAUAAAAACAAACAAAGACGAAUACACUAUUGAUGAGCAAUAUGAUGUUGUUGAUAUCAACAGUUUUAGUGAAAUGCAAAAACUUGCUUAUAAUAUUGUGAAGUCUCAUUUUGAUGAUACAUCAUCCGAGAAAGAGCCAUUAUGUCUCAUUAUAAAUGGUGUUGCAGGAACUGGUAAAAGUUACCUUAUUAAUGCUAUUAGAAAUCUUUUGCAAAGUAAAUGUGCUGUUGCUGCUACCACAGGUAAAGCAGCUUUUAACAUUAGAGGUGUAACUGUGCAUUCUCUAUUAAAGUUACCUAUAGGAUCAAGAGGUAAUAAAGACCUAACAGGACAAAGCUUGUGUAGGUUACAAGAGAGUGUUGAUAACAUUGGAUACAUCAUUAUUGAUGAAUACUCCAUGCUUGGCCAAGUUACUUUUGGUUGGAUAGACAAACGUUGCAAACAAGCAACUGGUUCUAAUGACAAAGUAUUUGGAGGAAAAUCAUUGAUUUUAACUGGUGAUCCAGGUCAAUUGCCACCAGUAGCAGAUAAGCCUCUUUAUCAUGCUAGACCAUCAAAUCCUGUUGGUGAACAAGGUAUCAAGCAUAUCAUAUGUUUGACAAAGUUGUUAAACUCACUGUCAAUCAACGUGUGCAAGGUAUGACAUCUGAGCAAGUACAGUUCAGAGAUUUGUUAUUACGACUUCGCAAAGGGGACUCAACAGUUGAUGACUGGAAGUUACUUCUGACACGUCAACCAUCAAAUGUCACUAAUUUAUGUGACUUUGAAGAUUCUACUAGACUCUUUUAUAGUAAUGAACAAGUUGGUAAUUACAACCAUGAGCAGCUAACAAAACUUGAGCAUCCAAUUGCUCAUAUUAAUGCUCGCCAUUCAUCAGCAUUGGCCAAAAAGAUAUCCUCAGAUGAUAUGUCUGGGUUAGAACCUGUUGUGUUUCUAGCAAAAGGUGCUAGGGUCAUGUUAACCAUGAAUUUGUGGUCAAGUGUUGGCCUCUGCAAUGGGGCUACUGGAACAGUUGUUGAUAUUAUCUAUCAGAACAACCAUCAACCACCUGACUUACCUAUUGCGGUAAUAGUAGAAUUUGAAAACUAUAGAGGACCUGUUUUUAAUGAAAACCAACCAUUGUGUAUCACUGUCACAUCACAGACAGAAAUAGGUUUCCAUGAGAGGCAACAGUUAUACCUCUUAGGCUUGCUUGGGCUCUAA